AGGUCGUGGCACAGGAUGGGUCUGGCAGAUCCCAGCGCCCAGGCCCAGCCCCAAACAGCGUGGUUCCCAAGCUCCUCCCUCUGGGGACCACCUAGCCCAUCCCCCUCAGGGUCCCAGCGCUUCACCGGGGUCUGCAGGGAGGGUGACUCAUCGCCCGGGGCCCUGAGGGCUGUAGGAGCUGCCGCCCGAAUCGGAGUCCUUAGGCUCCUGGAAGAAGAAGGAGCUCAGGCCCCUGAGGCAGCUCUUGGCUGCGUUGGCGACAUGGCCGAAGCCCCCAGAGACGCCGGGCUGAAGCAGGCGCCCGCGCCCCGGAACGAGAAGGCCCCCGCGGACUUCGGCUACGUGGGGAUCGACUCCAUCCUGGAGCAGAUGCGCAGGAAGGCCAUGAAGCAGGGCUUCGAGUUCAACAUCAUGGUGGUCGGGCAGAGCGGCUUGGGGAAGUCCACCUUGAUCAACACCCUCUUCAAGUCCAAAAUUAGCCGGAAGUCGGUGCAGCCCACAUCGGAGGAACGCAUCCCCAAGACCAUUGAGAUCAAGUCCAUCACGCAUGAUAUUGAAGAGAAGGGUGUCCGCAUGAAGCUGACCGUCAUUGACACACCAGGGUUCGGGGACCACAUCAACAAUGAGAACUGCUGGCAGCCGAUCAUGAAGUUCAUCAACGACCAGUACGAGAAGUACCUGCAGGAGGAGGUCAACAUCAACCGGAAGAAGCGCAUCCCGGACACGCGCGUCCACUGCUGCCUGUACUUUAUCCCCGCCACCGGCCACUCCCUCAGGCCCCUGGACAUCGAGUUUAUGAAGCGCCUCAGCAAAGUAGUGAACAUCGUUCCUGUCAUCGCCAAGGCCGACACGCUGACCCUGGAGACGCACAUGCAGAACAUCAAGGACAUCACCAGCAGCAUCCACUUCGAAGCCUACCGGGUGAAGCGUCUGCACGAAGGCAGCAAUGCCAUGUCCAACGGCGUCGAGGAGAAGGGGCCCGAAGCCCAGGAGAUGUAGACCCACCCUGCCCCCGGGACCCUGCCCCCCAGUCCUUUCCAGCACCACCCCCAGGCCCACCCACAUGCCCCAUUUUAUUUUAUAUAAUUUUCUCACUUGUCAUCGUUCUCUGCCCCUUUACACGCCACCAAGUAACAAGAUCACGUGUGCCCUCCUGAGUAUGUGCAUUCUUAGCCGCUGACUGUGGGGCCUGGACCGGGUGGGGCCUCGGGCAGGAGGCCAUCCCUCUGGCCGUCCCCGAGGUCUGCGAGAGGCUGGGCCACGGCCAGGAGGGGCAGGAGGGGACCCGCGACUUCGGUGCCAGCCCCCAACCGCCCCCUCAACUGCAGGCACAGCUCUGGGUCGCCCUCGGCCCCAGCCUCUGAGUGAGGCAGGCUUGUGCAGGGGAGCUGGCCUGGCCGCCCCGGAGCCCCUUCCUGCCCCCUCUCUACACGGCCUAGACCCGUAACUCAGAGAGCCCCCACCUUUGCCACCCCCCCGGGGAGAAUAGUUAAUUCCAUGAGAUGCAGGUUGCCAAUUGCUUAGACACCGGGAGGUGCAUCGCCUGCCGCCCGCCCGCGAACCCGUCCUGGAGCAGAAAGUGCCUUUAUCAUCCGUCCAUGAGCCAGCCUUCUCUCCCCCGCUGUCCCCGCUGUCCCCGCCACCGGCACUGGGAACUGGGGACAAGUCGGAGAGAGGGAGGUGUGUCUUCAUCUCUCUAUCGCCUCCCCCCCCCCCCCAGGAUUUGACUGAGCAUGCAAAGGAAGGAAAAAGAUGCACCCCACUCCAGCCCACCCCCAUGCUUUGGGGGAAGGUCCAAGCAGGUGAAUCUGGUGGAGGAGCUGAGGGAGGAAGAGGUGACUGUGCAGGAAAAGGGGGGGCUGUAUGGGGCCGGGCCUGUUCAGAGCCGCCCAUGUGACCCCAGGGCCUGCCCUGCACCGUCCCAUGUGACUGGGAGAGUGUGUUCCUGUCCGUCUGUCUGUCUGUUUAGAAAUCUCUUUGGCCUAAGAUGCUCCAGCCCAGGUACACAUUCAGCCUUCUUGGCCCAGGCCUUGCUGACCUUGACCCCGGGAGCUUUUUGUUGCCCUAAAUGUGCCUGGGCUCCCACACCCCAGAGCCCAUCGUAAAGACCCCCCCAAAGAGGGAGAGGUCAGGAGGCAGGUGUGCAUGGCCCCUCAUCGGGCUGCAGCCUGGGGUUUUACGAGCAGGGCUUGGCCGGUCGCUCCCGCUCCUUCACCCUGUGUCUCCACGGGGAGAGCAGCUGCGGCCGUCCGAGCCGCGCACGGCAGGCGGCGGGUGCUUCUCCCUGCCUUCUGGAGAGCCAGGGGGCUGGCGCAGGUCCUGAGAUUAGACACAGGGGAGGUGCACGUCUGUCUGCAAGCAGCGGGAGGAAGGGGAUGCAGACAGGCCUGUGCAGGGCGUGUGCGUGUGUGUGUACAAUGUCCUUGCAUUGCGUGCUCACUCCCCACCGGAGACAGGAAGGACCCCUUAGCGAAACCAUUGACUUGCCGACUUGCCACGUUUUUGCCAAAACCAAGAUUUCGAAGGACACCUCCAGCUUCAGCGGAGGGGUGAGGGCGCGGGGCAGCCCCCCGGGCGGGACGGACCCGCUUUCCUUCUCUGUAGCCAGAUCGUGACAGAUCGUGACUUUUCACUGGCUUCUGUCCCACAGUGGCCUUUUGCUCUGUGCCUCCUGAGAGAUUCAUCUUUUUGUAUAAAUAACAAAGUGUUGAAACUGUAUUUCCUGAAAUAAAUGUCCGAACGCGAACGUGGCGGGGGGACGUGCUCCCCUCCGGGACCCCAGAGGCGCGAUUCUCCUUGGGGAGGAAGCCGCUGUCACCGCGAUUCUGGGGGCUGCUGAACCUCGUGCCGGGGCGCUGCGUUCGGGGGCUUCGGAAGCCCGCGUGUACGUGGAAAGCCAGGGGCAAGGCUUCCCCCCGGAGGCACCGCAAGCGGCUUUCGUUCCUGUAUUGUCAGAAAUAAAGUUUCUCUUCUUGAA